AUGACAGCAGCACUACCCUCCACCUGGUUAAUAACCGGCGCCUCCUCCGGCAUAGGUAAAUCGCUCGCUUUGAAAGCUCUGAACUCUAAUUGCAGAGUAAUUGGAACCACCCGAGAUAUCUCCAAAGUCAAUUCAUCCUUUCCUGAUUUCGUCACGAAAGGAGGGACUUGGACAGCUUUAGAUCCGGCGCAAAAGGAUGCUUUUGAGCAGUUUUCGAAAUGCGCUAGGGAAUACGAUGUUGAUGUUUUGAUCAAUAAUGCAGGCUAUACUUUCAUUGGCGGUGUUGAGAAUACGAGUGAGGAUGAAGUUCGUGAGCAGAUGGAAGUUAACUUCUACGGGCCACUUCGUGCCGUUCGAGCCUCUCUUCCAGUCAUGCGGGCAAAGGGUCCCGGAAAUAUCGUACUCAUAAGCAGUGGCGCGGGCCGCCCAGCACGAUCAUCAUACUCCGCUAGCAAAUUCGCCAUCGAAGCAGUCUAUGAGUCUCUUUGCCAUGAAGUUAAAUCCUUCGGUAUCAAAGUCCUCAUUGUAGAACCUGGGGCAUUCAGAACACCAUUCGCAAGCAGGAUCAUCACACCAGCUCAGUAUAAAGAUAUUAAUGGUCUUAGCGAGGCAUAUAAAGGUACUGCCGUUGAGCAAAUGGUAAAAGGAACAGUAGACAUUAUGUCCAUUCCAGAUUUUGUGAAAGGGGACCCUGAUAAAGCUGCUUGUGCAAUUUUCAAGGCUGUCAUGGAUGGACAUGACUAUUUGCGUAUGCCGUUGGGACCAGACUGUGUGACUGCCUUGGAGGACAAGAUUGGACAGUUGCAGGCAGACUUAGAUGCAACUAGGGUCAUUGCCAUGGGUACGAAUUUUCAAUGA